UAUUGGGAGUGUGUGGCAUGCAUCCUGACCAUCAGGAAGCACUGAAAAAGAACCGAGUGGUGCUAGCCAAACAACUGUUGCUGAGUGAACUGUUAGAGCACCUCCUGGAGAAAGACAUCAUCACCUUGGAAAUGAGAGAGCACAUUCAGGCCAAAGUGGGCAGUUUCAGCCAAAAUGUGGAACUUCUCAACUUGCUGCCCAAGAGGGGUCCCCAGGCUUUUGAUGCCUUCUGUGUGGCCCUGAGGGAGACCAAGCAGGGUCACCUGGAGGAUCUGUUGCUCACAACCCUCUCUGGUCUUCAGCAUGCACUCCCACCGUUGAGCUGUGACUACGACUUGAGUCUCCCCUUCCCGAUGUGUGAGUCCUGUCCCCCUCGCAAGCAGCUCCGCCUGUCUCCAGAUACUGUGGAACACUCCCUAGACAACGGAGAUGGUCCUCCCUGCCUUCAGGUGAAGCCUUGCACUCCCGAGUUUUAUCAAACGCACCACCAGCUGGCCUAUCGGUUGCAGUCUCGGCCUCGUGGCUUGGCACUGGUGCUGAGCAAUGUGCACUUCACUGGAGAGAAAGACCUGGAGUUUCGCUCUGGAGGGGAUGUGGACCACAGCACUCUGGUCACCCUCUUCAAGCUCUUGGGCUACAAAGUCCAUGUUCUACUUGACCAGACUGCACAGGAAAUGCAAGAGAAACUUCAGAAUUUUGCCCAGUUACCUGCCCACCGUGUCACUGACUCCUGUAUUGUGGCACUUCUCUCUCAUGGUGUGGAGGGAGGCAUCUAUGGUGUGGAUGGCCGACUGCUUCAGCUUCAAGAGGUUUUUCGGCUCUUUGACAACGCCAGCUGCCCAAACCUUCAGAACAAGCCGAAAAUGUUCUUCAUCCAGGCCUGCCGUGGAGGUGCUAUUGGAUCCCUUGGGCACCUCCUUCUGUUCACUGCUGCCACCGCCUCUCUUGCUCUGUAAGUGUCUCCCAAUGCAUGGGGUGUGCUAGGACUUGGGCAGCCCAAGGCUCUCAGGUUGGACAGCUCUCUGUGCGCCACCACACCCUCUUCUCAGGACUCUUUACCAGUGCCUUUGCCUUCUCUCCGGAGAACUCUCCCUUCUUCUGUGCUAUUAACUCUGGUGUGCUUGUUUUUGUUACUCAUUACAGUUAAGGAGCUACUGUCUGUCUCUUCUUUCUCUCUCUCCCUUCGUACCCUUCCUCUUUUCCUUUCUCCAUCCCUCUUCCCCUCUUCUCUUUUCAUCUGCCCUCUUCUCUGCUUCAUCCGUGUACCGUGCAGGCCAGCAGUGCAGAAGCCUCAAGCCAGGCUUUGGCUCUUACUUGUCCUUGAGCUACUUCCAUCCGUCUUCUUUCUCGAAUGCAGUCUCUUACCUUCUAAGAGCCAGGAUGCCAAGACCAGGCUCCGAAGAUGUGCGGACAUACUUCUUCUCCUAGAGGGAAACAGUAAUAAUUAAAAGCUCUAACCACUGACUAGUUAUAUCAAGUUAGAGAAGUUACUUGAUGUCCCUCCACUUUAAUUUCCUCCAUAUAAAAUGUGGGUAGCGAUCAGACGUACUUCAUAGGUUGUUGUGAUAGUUGAAUGGAAUAAUACAUACGAAGGGCUUACUUAGCACAGUAGGCUCAUAGUCCAAUCCACAGAAAAGGCCAGCCGUGACUGUUACAGCAUGGUCAGUGCCCUCAAGGGGCUUAUAGUUUGGUUUAAAGUCACUUUGUCCUAACAUUCAAAUAAUUUCUUUUCCUCUCGUGUGUUCAACAAAUGUAAAUGGUUAACAUUGUUGAUAUCUUCCUAAUAUCACCAAAGGAUAUAAUUUAUUAAGGUCCUACAACAUGACUAGGAUACUGUCACAAAAGGAAAAGAAAAUGUGUGGUCUCUCAAACUGCUGCUAUCUAAAAAAAGGGAAAAAGAAAAAAAUAUGUCUCUUGAAAGAGCCUACCAAUUACUAGAAAGAUAAAGCAAGUAUACAUGAAGUAGCUUGAGAAUAAUUCAGAGGCCUCAAAGCAAGGGAGAAAUUAGAUACAAGCAUACAUAUGAAGGAGUAAGUAGUAGGGAAUAGGUUGUUUUAAGUUGGCUUAGUUUGAAGACAUGUAGUAAGUAUUUUAAUGUGGUAAGGCUUAAUUUGGACCCAGAAGGAUAAAAUCAACAUAGGUAUGGAGUAGUAAAUAUAGGGCCUUUCAGAGGAAACAGGCAUACAAGAUGACAAACACACCAGGACUAAAAGGACAACCCCUUCCCUCCCCCAAAAUGUUGUGCUGGGCCAGAAGUCUGCCCGGAUCUAACUUAAAGACGUCGCAUCUGUAGGUGUGUAGUAAGAUAAGGCUGGCUGCGGGCAGUACAUCCAUCCAUCCAGCUAAACCUUUAGUCAAACUGAGAUUUUGGACUUCAGCAGAUAAUAGUGUGGAGCUGUUGAUAGCUCAAAAAAUUAAUGUGAUGGAUUCUUUUCCAGGACGAUUACCAGGCUGGGGAGCUGCAGUGAGGAAAGAGUAUGUGAAGGCAGGAACUUAGUGUUUAUUCACCAGCUGGAUGCCCAGGCCCAGGGCACUGCCUGAUAUUUGGUAGCACUUAAUAAAUAUUGAACGAAGGGAUGAAAAUUAUCUCCUCAAAAACUGUAGCAGUCAUAACAGAAAACAGAUGGGAUAUUGUAUUAUUGGAAGAAGCAAUAACACUUAUUGAUUAAUAGAUCUGAGACAUGAAGGCAAGAAAGAAGUUUUCUUUUCCUUGAGAGACACAUUUAGCUUGGCCUAUUUCCUUCAGGAGGUAUUACUGGCAAAAUAAAAUGAAAUAAAGACAUUUAUGAUCAUUUUCUCUUCCUGUAUUCAGAGAUAUAUAUACAAUAUCAGAUCUGGAUAGGAGAAAUUGCUCUUUUCUGGGGUAAUCUGAAUCUUCUCUCUUAAAAUUAAAUCCUUCCAGAGGUGACCUUUGAAGAUUUGAGCUCACCUGUCCUCUCUUGUACUUAGUUAAUAUAACUGAUGUCUGUAAAAUUACUCUCCCUUCCCCAGUUGCCUGGAGUGUGAGCUCCAUAAGGGCAGGAAUCUUUACAUCCCUAAGGCUUAAUGUGAAAUAGUGCCUGGCACAUGGCAGUUGCUCAGUAACUUUUUUUGGGAUUAGUGAAUUUUGGUCAUUUCCCCAUAGUUCUUCAAGCUUCACUUGCCUUUUGGGCUCUCUCGAGUGUUGCAUGGAGCAGGAAUACUGUAAAAGACUUUGCUCUCUUAUCUUUGGUUUGUUGGGCUGUGUGUCCUCCCUGUCUCUUUUUCCUACUGACCGCAUCCCCACCCACCUCCAAAAUAAAACUGCAACAUCCAAAUAAAGAUAUGUCUGGGCAUAGAUAAGGCCUGGGUCAGGAGGUUGGACAUGUAGUCAGGGUAUGUUGAAAACUGCUAAAAUUGAUUAAUGGUGUUCUUUUUCAAUCAUAUAGAAGCAAAUAGUCAAAUUAUCCCAAUUUUUAAGUUUUUCCUUUUACAAAUUUCUCUUAAAUCUUGGAUGCCUGCCACAAUUUGGCUUAUGAAAUUAGUAAGGAGUAAGUAACUUAAAAAUACCAGAGACUUAGAAACUGAACA